AUGAUGCACUCAGUCUCAAAAAGAACUCUGGCCUCUUCCCGUUUUUUCACUCGUUCUUUGGCUACAACCAUUGGCGACAAUUUUGGCCCCAAGAAGUACGGAGGAAAGUACACGGUUACCUUGAUCCCUGGUGAUGGUAUUGGUAAGGAGAUCACCGACUCUGUCAAGACUAUCUUUGAGCACCAAAGAGUUCCAAUCGAGUGGGAGCAGGUUGACGUGUCUGGUGUUGAUUCCGACAAGGCCAAGAUUGACGAGGCUGUCCUUUCCUUGAAGAGAAACAAAAUUGGUUUGAAGGGUAUCUUGCACACCCCAAACACCCCGGUCAACAAGUCAUUGAACGUUGCUUUGAGAAAGGAAUUAGAUAUUUUUGCCUCGUUGGUCUUGAUCAAGAACAUUCCAGGUGUUGAGACUGCCUUGAAAGACAUUGACAUGGUUUUGGUUCGUGAGAACACUGAAGGUGAAUACUCUGGAUUGGAGCACCAGUCUGUUCCAGGUGUUGUUGAAUCACUGAAGAUUAUCUCCAAGUACAAGACCGAGAGAAUUGCCAAAUUUGCCUUUGACUUCGCCAAGAAGAACGACAGAAAGCUGGUCACUGCAAUUCACAAGGCAAACAUCAUGAAGCUGGCCGACGGUUUAUUCAGACAGACCGUCAAGGAGGUCGGUGUCGACUACCCCGGUAUCGAAGUCAAGGACAUGAUUGUUGACAAUGCCUCCAUGCAGGCUGUCUCAUGGCCUCAGCAGUUCGACGUCCUGGUUACUCCCAACUUGUACGGUUCCAUUCUUUCCAACAUUGGAGCUGCACUGAUCGGUGGUCCUGGCCUGGUUCCAGGUGCCAACUUCGGUAGAGAGCACGCUGUUUUCGAGCCAGGUUGUAGACACGUCGGACUUGACAUCAAGGACAAGAAUGUAGCCAACCCAACUGCUAUGAUUCUCUCUGCCACUAUGCUCUUGAGACAUCUUGGACUAGACGCCCAUGCCGAUGCUAUCUCAUCCGCUACUUACGCCGUAUUAGCUGAAGGUUCCGUGAGAACCCCAGACAUUGGAGGGUCAAGCACCACCACGGACUUUACUGAGGCUAUUCUGAAGCAAUUGGACUAG